AUGUUCGGCCCUCGUCGCCCUCGUCGUCAUCGUCGCCCACGAGGCACCCGCCACGGAGAAGACGACCACUGGGACCCCGAGAUCGGCGCGCUCGUCCCUGGCUGCGACUCGGGCUACUUCGGCCAUGGAGAUCUAGGCGAGAUGCCUGGUCCGGAAUUCUACCCGGACCCUUACACGAGGCGGGUCAACAGGGGCCAUAACCAUGAUUUUACGCCCAGGAGCCGCACCCGCGGACCUCGAGGAGGCAAUCGCGCUGGGGGACGAAGUAGCAAUGAGAAUAUCACCUACGGAGGGGGUCACACAAGUGCACGGGCGACCGCGAAUGAUGGCUCAUCCUCAUACGAAGUCUGGAACAACGGUCACUUGGUCGCCAGUUCGCGACACCCUGGGAUGGGUGGUGGUCGCCGGAUCCGAGUCACUGGUGGAGUGGAAAUCAAUCUUGGUGGAGGCCACUUCGGGGGCUCUGGCGGCCCCGGGGGCUUCGGAGGGAGACAUCAUCAUCGAUGCCGCAGACAUGGUUGCCAUAGCGGAAGAUCCCGUGGUGGGAUGGGCCGUAUGCUUGGCGGCGGGUUUGGUUUCCUCGGUUCGGACGGGGAAGACGAGUUCCUAGACAUGUUCGACGACCUCGAUCUGGAAGACUCGGAUUCGGACUAUUCGGACGACUUUGGAGGGCGUGGCGGAUCCGGAGCUUGGGGUGAAGAUCCCUUCAGUGGAACGGGAGGAUCAGGCCGUGGUGGACGAAGAGGUGCUGGAGGCUCGCGACAGGGUGGUGGCGAGUCCGGUGAUGAUGAAGGAGACGAAGACGGAGUGGACGGUGGGUGUACAAGAGGGCGACUAGGGGUAACGACCACCAACUCGUGCUCCAUGAUGCAGGGUGUCGACGGUGGUGACGCGGAGCGGCCCAGAGGUUCGAGGAGAGCCCGACUGGGCUUCUAA